ACUAUUGUUGCCUGGGUUUGUGCUUCUUUCAGCAACCGGUAGCGUGCAGAGAUACCGGUGAAUAUUAGUUAGUAACAAAAUGUUGCACACUAAAUUAAGGUUUGUUCUCCAAGUCGCAUGUUGUUCCCUGUUUUUAAACUUCGUAUACGCGAAUUCUGUGGAAUCAUGGAAAAACACGUUUGCGGAACAACUUACCGAAGAGAAUUGGGAUCGUAUGCUGACCGGAGAAUGGAUGGUGGAAUUCUAUGCACCAUGGUGUCCUGCUUGCGAAGCACUUGAACCUGUUUGGGAACAUCUUGCAUCGCAAAAGAAAAGAUUGAAUAUCAAUGUUGGGAAAGUGGACAUCACUGAUUCACCAGGUCUUAGCGGAAGAUUUAUGGUGACUGCUUUACCAACAAUAUAUCACGUUAAGGAUGGAAUAUUCAGACAAUACAAGAGUCCCAGGGACAAGGAUUCAUUAAUUGAAUUUGUAUCUGAAAGAACUUGGGAAAAAAUUGAACCAAUUCUUGGUUGGAAGAGUCCAACUUCUAUUCAAAUGUCUAUUAUUAGUCAAUUUUUUAAAAUGUCACAAGUAUUAAGGGGAGUACAUAAUAAGUUGAUGGAAGAUUUUGGACUACCUACGUGGGGAAGCUAUCUAAUCUUUGCUGUUGUAACUAUUGUCUUAGGCGCUAUAUUGGGUUUGGUCAUUGUGUGCUUGAUUGAUUUGAUAUACCCACCGAAGCCAACAACACUCCAAAGCAGAAAGAAGCAAAAAGAUGGUUCUGGUGGAUUCAUGCAAGAAAAAACCAUGCAAGAUGAAGAAAUAGUUGAAAAUGUGAAAGAUGAUUUGGUAGAUGAAGAGUCUGAAGGAGAAGGUUCAGAUGCUGAAGAGAAAGAGAAAGAUGCAGGAAAGGAUUCGAAAACUGAGCCAAAUAGUCCGAAUGUUCGCAAACGUAAGCCACGCAAAGCUGACACGAUUAGUGGUUACAUUAGCAAUUUGAUUACUGUUAAUAAUUUAAAAAGAUCAAUCAUGGUUAACAAAAGCAAGAAGCGUUCUGCGAGUGAAAGUGAGGUAGCUGUAAAAGUAAAGCAGGAAUUUGUUCCCAAAAAGAAGAAAUCAGCAAACGGGGCUGUACAAAAUGGACAAGCAGUUAAAGAAGUUAAAAAGGAAGUGAAGCCUCAAGUAAAGGUUGAAAAAAAGUCAGGUGAUGAGAAUAAAGAUAAGCAAAGUAGAGUAGCUUUCCGUGAGAAACGUAAAGAGGUAAGAGCAAAGAACCCUCAAAGAUUCAAUCCUGACAUAUCUGCUGAAGAUGUUAAAAAGAAAAUCCAGGCAAUUGAAAGCAGAGAAAAUCUUUCAAAGUCGGCUAAGAGGAAAUUAGCUUCCCUAAAAAAAAUAUUAGGAAUAAAAGAGGGUACAUAUAAACCGAAGCCACUUGUUAUGAAGAAACAAGCACAGAAAGGAAAGAAUGAGAAACAAGUAGCAACUGCAAAUAAGAAACAAAGUCAAAAUACCGUACAGCAGAAAAAGAAGGUACCUGAAAAGGUUGAAGCUAAGGCAUUUAAGGAUAAUAAAAAGACGGAAGCUAAGCAAGGGAGUUUGCUCCUUCUGAAGCAAGAAAGGUUGUCAGAUGAUGAAGAUGAUGAUGAUGAUGAUGAUGAUGAUGAUGAUGCGGAGAACAGUGUUGACUUAAAUACUGUUAGCUCGAGCGAAGAUGAAGAUAACAGCGACAAUGAAGAUAACAGCGAUGUAGAGGAAGAGGAAGAGGAAGAUGAUGAUGAUGAUGAGAAUGAUAGCGAUGUAGAGGAAGAAGAAGAGGAUGAGAAUGACGACGACGAGGAGGAGGAGGAGGAGGAUGAGGAGGAGGUGGAGGAGGGGGAGUAUGACAAUGAUGAAGUUCAAGAAGUUAAAGCAAAAGAUGUUCAGAGUAUACCUAAACAAAAUUUAGAUCAAGGGGGGAAAAAAAAGAGAUACGUUCUUUUUGUAGGAAACCUGCCUUUUACUGCCACAGCGGAAGAAAUUAAGAAGCACUUCUUAACUAAAGCCAGUCAAAUAGUCGACAUCAGGAUACCGAAAACGAAAGAAAACACUUCAAGAGGAUUUGCGUAUGUAGAAUUUGGUAAUCAGAUGGACUACGAAAAAGCGAUGUCGUUGAACAAUUCGUUCGUCAAUGGCCGAAGAAUAAAGGUGCAAUACUCUGGAAGUAACAAGAAGGAAACUGUCGCAAAAAAUCAGAAGUUACAAGCUCUUCAAAGAGCAGGAAAAUUAGCUGGUGGACAGAAGAAACAUUUUCAGAAGAAGGGUGGCUGGAAAGGGGGAAAGCCAAACGCUCAGAAGAAGACGUAAUUGUCUGAUGGAUAGAACGAAUUACGAAUGAAUCAUUAAACAAUUUCCUCCCUAUUACUCUCCCUCUGACAUCUAGUAUUAAUGUUUUUUUUUUUAUUUUAAACAAGAUACUGAAAAUAUUAUAUUACUAUCUACAUAGAUAAAACUAAUAUCUAUUAAGAGAUGUAUAAUUAAUAUUAUGAAAUUUUAACCUGAUUCUUGUAACUGUGCACGAUUAUAGGAAAAAAAUAUAACUGUAUGUGUACACAUGAA